GCAAACCGAGGGAGAAAAAAACAGAGCGACUGAGAGUGAGAGGAAAAGAAACGCUAAAAAAGAAACGGGAAGAUCGGCGAGCGAGGGUUUCGAAACGGGAAGUAUUUUCUUGGUUGGGGAAUUGUGAAACGAUAGCGUUGUCGAGAUGGCGGAGCAUGCAGACGAAGUGAAGGCGGCGGAGUCUUUGUUGGACAAGGUACCGGACAAGAUCCACGGUCACGAUUCGUCGUCGGCGUUACCGCCGUCGGAGGCAGUGCGCGACAAGGGCAUUGGCGGUGGCUAUUCGGCAUCGUUGAAGUCCAAGGUUAACAGGCUCUUUGGGAGGGAGAAGCCCGUGCACCACGUCUUCGGUGGCGGAAAAGCCGCUGAUAUUUUCCUUUGGAGGGGCAAGAAGGUGUCGGCAGGUGUUCUUAUCGCCUUAACGAUCAUAUGGGUUUUCUUUGAAUUGCUUGAAUACCAUCUGCUGACUCUGGUCUCCCACUUGUUGAUUAUUGGGAUUGUUAUGUUGUUCUUGUGGUCCAACGCUUCAACCUUCAUUAACAAGUCUCCACCCCACAUUCCACAAGUUCAAAUUCCUGAGAAGCCGGUUCUACAGAUUGCGUCUGCAAUUACAUCAGAGAUCAACCGUGCUUUUGUUAUCGUGCGGGAGAUUGCAUCUGGGAAGGAUCUGAAGCAGUUCCUCUCUGCGAUUGCUGGCUUGUGGGUUGUGUCCAUCUUGGGGAAGUACUACAACUUCUUGACCUUGGUCUACAUAGCGGUUGUUUUGCUCUUCACACUUCCUGUGUUCUAUGAGAAAUACGAUGACCAGGUGGAUGCGGUUGCGGAGAAGGCACUGACUGAGAUGAAGAAGCAGUAUGCAGUAUUUGACGCAAAGGUGCUAAGUAAAAUUCCUAGGGGGCAGACGAAGGCCAAGAAGUUUUAGAGUGGUUGACGUGCAGCCGGUUCUAUUAACUGUGUUUUGCCAGGGUGUUGUGCACAUUUUGUCCAUGAUUGCUUAGGAUCCUCGUCUCCAUUUCAUAGUUCGCGAGUCCGCUGGAUUCACGGUGGGGAAUGUGAAUGUUUCAUACUUGUUUCGCUAAUAUAUUUGGUU